UAUGAGAGGAUUGUUAAAGAGCUUGACGCUUUCGCUACCAUUGGGUCUUGCUGCGCUCUCUCACGCACAGGAGACACAAUGGCCACUUCGAAGCAAUGGCGCCACUGACUUGGUUGAAUGGGACCACUACAGUUUCAAAGUGAACGGCGAACGCUUGUUCAUCUGGUCUGGAGAAGCAGGUUCAACGCAGUCUCCUUCUAUUCUCACUGGAAACGGUGGUGAAGUAGAGAAGUCCAACAACUCAUCAUAUACANNGGGAUUUCACGCUCCACGCGACGGCGUUGUCGACUUCGAGUCUGGUGCCCACAAUAUCACCAGCCUGUUCGAGACUUGCAAGUCACUGGGUCUAUACAUUUUCUACCGUCCUGGACCUUACAUCAACGCUGAAAGUACUGGCGGAGGUUUCCCUGGCUGGGUAACAACCGGUGCUUAUGGCUCUCUCCGCAACAACGACACCAGAUACACCGAAGCCUGGAAGCCUUAUAUCGAGACCGUUAAUGGUAUCAUCGCUGAGCAUUCGAUCGUGAAUGGCGGUAACGUCAUCUUCUACCAGGUCGAAAAUGAGUACGGCUACCAAUGGACAAACACUGCUCGCAGAACUCCCAACGAAACUGCGAUCCACUACAUGGAGAUUCUCGAGACUGUUGCGAACGACACUGGCAUCAACAUGCCUACCGUGCAUAACAACCCCAACCUGGGAAGCAAGUCUUGGUCUAUGGAUUACGACAUCAACAAGGUUGGUGGCGAUACUUGGCUAUAUGCUGUUGACAACUAUCCUUCAUGCUGGAGUUGCAACCUUCAAGAGUGUAGCUCUACCAACUCUCCGGCUCCUGAUUUCACUGUUCUCGACUACCACACCCACUUCCAGGAGACAGCCCCUGGAGAUCCUUCCUUCUUCGCUGAGUUCCAGGGUGGCUCCUACAACCCUUGGGAUGGCCCUGCUGGCGGAUGCAGAAACAAUACUGGACCUGACUGGGUGAAUGUGUUCUACAGGAAUAACAUUGCCCAGAAGGUUACUGCUCAUAACAUGUACAUGUUAACUAACUGGGGCGCCCUGGCAUUCCCAUUAGUUGGCACUAGUUACGAUUACUCUGCGCCAAUUCAAGAGGAUCGUCUUAUAGGUGAUAAAUAUUCUGAGGCAAAACUGCUGGGCUACUUUAUCAGAUCUGCCAAGGACCUUCCUCUCAUUGAGAGAGGCACCAACGGUACCAACCUCACCACCAACACCAAUGUCUUCACUCAGGUUCUGUAUAAUGUCGAGAACAACGCCCAGUUCUAUGUUGUCAGACAUGCAAACACAACACUGCAGACUUCUCUCUCCUUCAAGCAAAACAUGACUACCUCUCUUGGAGAAUUCCAGGUCCCUCAGCAUGCUGCUGACAUCCGCAUCAAUGGAAGAGAAUCCAAGAUCCUCGUCUCGGACUACAAUGCUGGAAAUCAGAAGAUCAUCUACUCUACUGCCGAGGUCUUGGCUGUGUCCAUACAAAACGGUAAGCCCAUCAUCGUCUUCUGGGUCCCAACUGGGGAAAGCGGCGAGUUUUAUCUCAAGGGCGCCCAAUACGGAAAUGUCAAGCAAUGCGAUGGUUGCUCCAGCGUUGGCUUCUACCAGACCAAAGACGGUGUCAUCACGAGUUUUGCACAAGGCUCUGGAAUGAGCGUCUUCCAAUACGGCAACGACGUGACUGCCAUUAUUGUUGACAGAUCACACGCCUACAAGCUCUGGCACACUACGUUGACCAACGAUCCUCAUGUACCUCUCGACAAGACUGCAUUGAUCACUGGACCAUACCUCGUCCGCACUGCUAUUGUCGAGGGUGAAACUCUUGCUCUGGUCGGUGACUACAACGGAACCACUCCUCUUGAAGUCUUUGCUGCGGGUGUCAAGAAGGUGACUUUUAACGGCGAGUGCGUCUCUGUCAAAGCUUCCGGCUAUGGCAGUCUCAAGGCCGAGCUUUCCGAGGACGAAGUUACUGUAAAUUCACUGACCGCUUCCCUUCCUGCGCUGUCUCAGUGGAAGGUCGCCGAUGGUCUUCCUGAGCGUGAGGCUGACUACGAUGACUCGAGAUGGGUUGAUGCCAACCACACCACCACUCCCCACUGGAAUAAACCUGCAACAGAUCAUAUCCUCUAUGCCGAUGAGUAUGGUUUCCACGGUGGCAACAUCCUCUGGCGUGGACGCUUCAACGGAACAAGCAGUGGUGUUUUCUUGAAUGUCAUUGGCGGCACCGGUAGUGGUUGGUCAGCUUGGCUAAACGGUAAAUUCGUGGGUUCGACUUUCGGUGAUAUCAAGCUUUCACAGACCAACCAAACACUCAAGUUUGGUGAUGCUGUCAAGAGUGGAGAGAACGUUUUAUUCAUCAUCCAGGACCAUAUGGGCAAAGAUCAGACUACUGGUGCUAUCAACCCUCGCGGUAUCCUCAAUGCCACCCUUGCCGAUGGUGCAAAGUUCACUUCUUGGAAGGUAGCAGGCAAGGCUGGUGGUGGCGCAAACAUCGACCCUGUCCGUGGACCCUACAAUGAAGGUGGUCUACAUGCCGAGCGUCUGGGCUGGCAUCUUCCCGGCUUCGACGACAGCAAGUGGACUUCCAGCUCGCCAUCUACUGGUCUCAACACUGCAGGCGCCAACUUUUACCGCACCGUUCUUCCUCUGAACCUUCCCAAGGGUCAUGAUAUCUCGCUCGCUUUCAAUCUCCACGCAGCCAAGAGCUCGAAGCUGAGAGCCCAGCUAUACGUCAAUGGAUAUCAAUUUGGCAAGUUUGUUCCUUAUAUCGGCAAUCAAGUUGAGUUCCCGGUUUUCCCUGGUAUCUUGGAUUACCAUGGUAACAACACUAUUGGGUUGUCGAUUUGGUCUCAGGAUAACGUUGAAGCGAGCGUGUCUGUUAGUGUUAGUGUGCUUGGAGUGCACUCUUCAGGGUUCGAUGUUGGCUUCGAUUCGAGCUAUCUCAGACCUGGGUGGACAAAGCAGAGGUUGCAGUAUUAC